ACACCUGGUUCGCUCAUCUCACCGCGUCCUCGACAGCAGUACGUAUGCCAUGUGUACCGACUUCAUCGGCUCCAUACCUGAUUGACCGCGUGUUUUGUCGACUAACAUAUCAAAUCUUCGUGCUUUGAUAGGCUUAUCCUACCCUGAAAUUCCCUGGUUUUUCUUUCGCCGGAUUUUCCUUGCGUAUCUUUUUGCUAUUUCUUUUCUAUCUUCGCAUUGCGCGCCCGUGCGUCGCUAUCCGGAUCAUCCAAUCUUAUGGGAUUAUGUGUGCUCAAUCGUCACUAUCUGGUCCUACUCCCUUGGAUAGUCAAUUUAUAUAGGACACUUACAGCUUGGUUUGAACAAAGUUGUGCCAUGCUGAAGCCAUUUCAUUUGUACUUGAUUUCAGGCGCAUCUUCGUGAUUUUCUCCGCCGGCUAGUGGAAUACAGAACACUAACCUCAACUUCAGUGACUACAGCUCUUAUUCCCAAGGAAACAUGCUUGCCAAUUCCAACGGAUCUUUUCUUUACUCUCAGACGGGACAUACAGACCUCCAUAGUUCAGUAUGGGAUACAACAGCAGAAGGAACACAGAACUUCAAUGGAGAGGAUGAUUUCCAUUUUUCAUAUGGCCAAAUUACUCCCAGAGGACAGGACCAGAAUGAAGCCGUGGAUGACAUGACCAACAAGUGGAUUGCUACGGGGCAAGCCCAAGCUCCCGCCGCAGAGCCCAUGCGACGGAUCAGCUCGCGAGGCUCCUCCGGAAGCCACAAGAACAGAACUAUCAAAGCUCCCGCACACAAGAGUCGGCCGAGGCUGCUCUCUACCGUGUCGCACAUGUCCAAUUUUGACAUGACAGGUAAUCCACAGAUGGACGCGUAUCUCUUCCAGGAUUCGGAUGCCCAUUCGGUAUCCUCUCAGAUGUUCUACCCAACAUUGCCCAUGAGCGUAGGCUUGUCCUCGGAUGGACUCCCAUACUCUCCCGCCGUGCUCACGCCGGGAAUGACACAGCAGCACAUCGACCCUACCCAGAUGCAAUUGAACUUCGAGUCUAACCUAACGGGCAAUUCGCCCGCUGCUACUACCUGGAGCUCACUGAGCCCUGUUGAAUCUCGGAUUUCUACCCCUGGUCUCCCUGAAGAUUGGUCUGUUCCCAUGGAUGCGUCUCCCGCGCGAACCAACGAUUCUUCGCCAGUCAUGGACGGCACUUCGCCUAGCCUCGAUCGCCAGAUGGGCUUGAUGACCACAGAGGAUUCCAAUGGAGUUGCUCUAGGCGACGACAUGUUUGCCCUGCCUCCUUCUUUCUCCCGCCGCUCCAGCGGUGAUGGUGAGUCUUCUGCCCGGGACCACCCGCUAUACAAGUCAGCCUGCCCUAAGGCCGAUGGACUUUUCCACUGUCCAUGGGAGGGCCAGACUAGUUGCAACCACAAGCCCGAGAAGCUCAAGUGCAACUACGACAAAUUUGUUGAUUCUCACCUCAAACCUUACCGAUGCAAGAUUGAGUCAUGUGAGAAUGCCCGGUUUUCCUCGACCGCCUGCCUUCUUAGGCACGAGCGGGAGGCUCACGCUAUGCAUGGUCACGGCGACAAGCCCUACCUCUGCACAUAUGAAGGAUGUGAUCGCGCUGUCCACGGAAAUGGCUUUCCACGCCAGUGGAACUUAAAGGACCACAUGAGACGUGUCCACAAUGACAAUGGAAACUCCCUCAACCAAAUUAGCGGAUCUCCUCCGUCCGGACAUGGAUCUUCCGCACAUUCGGCCAAGGGCCGGAAGCGAAAGAACAAGGACUCUGUAGACAGCACCAGCAGCCGCAAGCAUGCCUCCAGACAUUUUCAGGCACAAGAGGCUGCCAUGAAGGCCGCUGAACAGCCCAUGGUAGAUGAGUGGCAUCAGCACCACAAGGCUCUGCAAACCUACCUACAGGACUACAACGACCCGAGUGCCUUUGACUACUUGCAGCACAUCACCGAGGCUCGGGACCACUUGCAAGCCAUGGGGAGAAUUUCCAACAAGUUGCUUCAAUCCAACAAGGGUUCCAGCAACCAGGACUCCUACAGACGAUCGCACGGACACCACUCUCGCUAAAUGAAUAAAAAAUGAAAGAAAGUGAAACUUGCGGUUCAUAGAGGAUUCAGCAAGCCAAGGAAUUUGCAAGUGCAUACUCCGUACUUUUUUACUUCUACUCCCACCGGUCAGGACACCGCGACGGAAGCUUUUGCUGGCCAGCAGGCUCCGUGAGGAUUAUGUGGAAAACCACCACCGAGCCGAGCCCGGCAUUGGACCUAAGGAUAUAGGUACCGGCGCUACGUCUCAUUGAUUGUAGAGUUUUCCGGAUAGAAACCUGAACAGACCGAAGACAUGCCAAGGGCGUGGGGAGAGUUGAUCCAGGAUAUUUUAACCUGAGAGGACGGAGACAGAUGCCACAGGAGAGG